AAGGACGCCUAACAAUAGUGUUGGAUCGCGGCCUCCCGACGGCUAUUCCUUCCCUUUCCAUUCACCUUCAUUUGCACAGUAAAUAAAACUAUGGAGGCUUGAGCUCGCGCGGACGAGUUAGUUUGGAUUUCCUCGUCACUGUGCUUUUUACACGGAUACGGACUUUGGAGCAAAGGACGCCUUUUGGUGGGAUUUAUCAAUUUGGGAGAUUUGGCUGGACAGUCUUAACGACAGUAAAAUGAGGCGGGUAGCUGUGGUUACCAGGCACAAUGGCCUCGUAGCUCCGCUGGGUAACAACAACUCCGGAGCUUCAAGCAUCAUCUCACUACCCCAAAGGAGAGCUGUUAAUAUUUCCACCUCUACCGACAGAUGUACCAGUGAAGGAAAAGAAUGUUUAUUGAAUACUAACAGGGGCCCCGCCGUCAAAUCUGAGCUGGUUUGCAAGUGGACAGGCCGAAUUUCCUCAAGACAGAGGUUUGAGCGGAUGGCUUCGUUUGUCUGCAACCAAAGUUUUAGCUCCAUGCACGACCUAGUUGACCACGUCACCGCCGAGCACGUAGCAACAGGGCUCGACACCCUCAGUCAUGUCUGCAUGUGGAACGAAUGUGUACGCGAAGGGAAGGCUUUUAAAGCCAAAUAUAAACUUAUCAACCAUAUCCGUGUGCACACCGGGGAGAAGCCCUUUUUGUGUGCAUUUCCCAACUGCGGCAAGAUGUUUGCACGAUCCGAGAACCUCAAGAUCCACACUCGCACGCACACUGGUGAGAAACCAUUCCAGUGUGAGUUUUGUGAGCGACGAUUUGCCAACAGCAGUGACCGUAAGAAGCAUUCACAAGUCCACAGUUCUUCAAAACCCUAUGACUGUAAGGCUCUGGGCUGCACCAAGUCCUAUACACAUCCAAGCUCUUUACGCAAGCACAUGAAAGUCCACAUCAAAUCAUCACCUACCUCUGAGCCCUUUGACCUAUAUGACUCCAUCCAAAAACACCAACGACCUCAGCCUCUUCUUGAACCACUUGACCUUAAAAUUAACCACCUGUCGCCAUCAUUCAGCAAUAAUAACACCAAUUUUGACUUUGAUAACACUACAUCCAACAAAUUAAACCACAAGCUACAGGGAAGUUCAUCUCCAUUGGCAAUGCCUUUGGACCUAUCUCUUUCGGGACUAAAGAGUGAUCUUGCCCUGCAACAGCAGCAGACUCACAGGACCGCAGGAAGGAGCCAGCUGUCAGUCAACCCAGCCAUACCUGAGUUGUCUAACAUUAAGGAGUGGUAUGUCUGUACCAGAACUACAACACCAAACUUUCCUCUUCCUCACCCAGAUGACAUCAAAUUGGAACCAAGUGACGAUGAGGAUUAUGGCACGUAACAUGGUGGGACCCAGGGUUUAAGAGGUUAAUAAUGCACCAGUAUUGUCAAACCCCGAACAGAGGAUUUAUGGAAUUGUGCAGUUUUAUGGAAGCUGUGGUACCUGAUUUUUGCUUAAAAGUGUCACUAAUGUUAAUUCCUCAAGACACCACACGCUAGCCUCCCCCCCCCCUCAAAAAAAAAACGUUUUAACUACACUGCUAUGCACAUACAAAUUGUAUGAUAAAAAUGGCCCGGAGUUUAUGUUUUGUACAAUUGUUUCGGUUUGAUGAUGUCAACACCUUUUUUUCUGCAUUAUUGUGAAUAUUUUCAUGAAUCAUUGUGUCUCAGAAUGUGUUAUGGAUGAUUACAAAUGCCUAGGCUGUACAGUUUAGCCCAAAAGUGUUUGGAGCGUGGCUUUUUUUUUUUCCAUUUUAUUCCUUGUACAACACCACAAUUGACUUGACUGAAAACCUGAAAACAAUACAACAACAAAAAAUUUCAUUGAAGUGAAGACUUUUAGAUUUAAGUUAAGAUGUUUAACACAAGGAAAUAAGGAAUGGAAAAUAUUUUGAUAAUCAUAUCAAUUUUGAAUUUGGAAACUUUAGAGAAUUGUAAAAUUAAACUCCUCAGCAGUCA